GGAAUAAGGUGGACGUGUGUGAACGCGAAGAAGAGCCACAUUUUUUUUUUGUUUUGGUAAUGAAACGCGGUCACAUUUUUACCACGCGCUCGUUUUGAGGAUACAGUCAAACCAAGAGGAAGGUGGAUUCAACCGAGGACCAUCUGCGUCGGAGCGGAGGAGGCUAGAGACGCGACGGCCGGGGAAAGAUGGACCUUUUGGGGAUAUACCUGCUCCUGUGCCUCGCUCUUUUACCGCGGACUACCUCUACGGCGGCUAAGGAGCUGCAAUGCCAAGAGAUAGCGGUGCCCCUGUGCAAAGGUAUCGGCUACAAUUACACCUACAUGCCCAAUCAGUUCAACCACGACACGCAGGACGAAGCGGGCUUGGAGGUGCACCAGUUCUGGCCUCUCGUUGAGAUCCAGUGCUCCCCGGACUUGAAGUUUUUCCUGUGCAGCAUGUACACACCGAUAUGUUUGGAGGACUAUAAAAAGCCGCUGCCACCGUGCCGGAGCGUGUGCGAACGUGCCAAGGCUGGGUGCGCGCCUCUCAUGCGUCAGUAUGGCUUCCCCUGGCCGGAUAGGAUGAAGUGCGACCUGCUACCCGUGCAAGGCAACCCCGAUACUUUGUGCAUGGACUAUAACAGAACGGACUCCACCACUGUUUCCCCCGUGUUGUCAAAGCCCACCAACAACCCGGGCAACAGCAAUAAAGGCGCGUACAACCCGCCUAUUAAUAACAAGCACAAGCCAAACAGACCGGGCGCUGGUGGGAAGUACAAGCCGCCGUCCGCUCCAUGUGAGUCCGGGUGCAAGUGUAUGGAGCCCAUGGUGCCCGUGAACACCGACAGACACCCGCUCUACAACCGGGUGAAAACGGGACAGAUCAACAACUGCGCCAUGCCGUGCCACAACCCGUUUUUCACCCACGACGAGCGCGCCUUCACCGCCUUCUGGAUCGGCUUGUGGUCGGUGCUGUGUUUCAUCUCGACCUUUGCAACCGUGGCCACUUUCCUGAUCGACAUGGAGCGCUUCAAAUACCCAGAGAGGCCGAUUAUAUUUCUUUCCGUGUGCUACAUGUUUGUAUCUGUGGGGUACAUCGUCCGGCUGAUCGCUGGGCACGAGAAAGUAGCGUGCAACCGGGAGUACGACAUCGAGCAUAUCCAUUACGAGACCACAGGACCCGCGCUGUGCACCGUGGUGUUUCUACUUAUCUACUUCUUCGGCAUGGCCAGCUCCAUCUGGUGGGUGAUCCUGUCGCUAACGUGGUUCCUCGCAGCGGGCAUGAAGUGGGGCAACGAGGCCAUAGCGAGUUACUCCCAGUAUUUUCAUCUGGCAGCGUGGUUAAUCCCCAGUAUGAAGUCCAUCGCUGUGUUGGCGCUCAGUUCUGUUGAUGGAGACUCUGUAGCUGGAAUAUGCUACGUGGGAAACCAAAAUUUGGACAAUUUAAGAGGGUUUGUGCUGGCUCCUCUGGUCAUAUAUUUAUUCAUUGGCACUAUGUUCCUCCUAGCCGGAUUUGUGUCACUUUUUAGGAUCAGAAGUGUCAUUAAACAAGGAGGAACCAAGACUGACAAACUGGAGAAGCUCAUGAUUAGAAUAGGCAUUUUUACAGUCCUAUACACAGUGCCAGCUACUAUUAUCGUGGCGUGUUACUUCUACGAACAGCACAACAGACAGAGUUGGGAGAUAACUCACACUUGUGGAAACUGUUUACUAGAAAGGGACAGAAGAAGUCCAGACUACGCAGUUUUCAUGCUGAAGUACUUUAUGUGCCUCCUCGUGGGCAUCACGUCUGGAGUUUGGAUAUGGUCUGGGAAAACCGUGGAUUCCUGGAGGACUUUUUGCACCCGCUGCUGCUGGGGGAGCAAAGGAACCAGCGGGUCAAUGUACAGCGACGUGAGCACGGGAUUAACAUGGCGGUCCGGUACGGCGAGCUCGGUGUCCUGCCCCAAGCAAAUGCCAUUGUCCCAAGUUUGAAUCAUUUCAGAGGUGAAAGACUAUGGCAGCUUAUGGGGACUGCUAAUUGUUGGGGAGAUAAACCAUCAGUCCUCCUGUGACGUGCAUUUACAUAGGAAUGAGCCUCCCCCCCGAAACAACUCACCUCCACAGGCAGAACUGGUCCCAACAAUGUCCCUGGAUUAGCACAGGUUAAAUCUUCUGUUUAUAUGUAUUAGAGCCUUGCCAUCACCAGGCUCUCUCCAGCUGGGCAUUAUGUGUUUUCAUAGCAUUUCUUUACCUACUUGCAGUGGUUCUCAACUCACGUGAGCUUUAUUUUUCACUUUUUAACUUCCUCGCGAUCCAAAUUGUGCACCAAAGUUUGUAUUUUUCUCAAUUAUUUCACCACAAACUUGCCAGAAGCAUUUCUAAACCUGUCCGAGCAUUUCUCAUAACAAAAUGUAACUUUCAAAUUAACGAAAACUGUAGUAAAUCGUGAAUAUUUUUUUAAUGUUAACUCGCCAGUUGAGAACCACUGCUUCUUUCAGUGCCGGAUAACAUUGCUUAUUCAAUCAAAGAUGGUUUAAAUUAAGCCUUAAUAACACCCAAGU